AUGAAUUUUGUUUAUUUAGUUUAUCCUAUUACGUCCAUUCACAUUUCUCCUUUCAUCUAUGAUGUACAAAAUAAUAUUGAUACAGUUAUUCGAAUUAAUGGACUAGAAACUACAAUGGACACAAUACAAAAUACUACUUGUGAAGUAAUGGAUUUGGAUUCUCGAAUAAUAAUGGUAAAUUCAAUUUGAUAUUGUUAAUUUCUUUUUAGAACUAUUUUUGAUGUAAAAAUGGUUACUAAAAGAAACUAAAAAAUAUGUAUUGCGUAGAUAAAAUAAUACUACCUAACUUAAAAAAAUAUAUAAAUAUAAAAAAAGAAUUGAUACUGGGGAUAAGGGUGUACAACUGUUGUAGAUAAGAAAUUGAGAAAGUAGUAGAGGGAAAAUAUAAUACAUAUCUGUAAGCAACGAUAAACUGUUGCUAAUGAAAAAACGAUUCUGAUCGGGGUUCAGUUAAUGGUGUUACUUUGUCAACAAUGUAUAUGUCAUACUAUGGUAAAAUAAUUGCUUAUGAUGCAUUAAAUGUUAUCUUUAAUAAUAUUUGUUUAAUAUUGUACCUAUUUCCCCAUGUUUUUUACGGUUUUUUCUAUUUAUUGGGAAAACUCCUGAGAAAAUCGAAAAAUUACGUCUCUAAUGUACCUCCCCAGUUGGAUUUCCUUUUAAAAAAAUUGCUAUCAUUAUGAAUUGGAGCAAAAUUACUGGUAGAAAUUUGAGUAUAGAAAAAAAAAUCGUAAUUUUUUAGUAAUUUUUUUUGCACAUUUUCCUGUUUUUCCUCCGUUUUUUCGUUUUUCACAUUUGAUGAGAAAAUCGAAAAAUGACCACCUUAAAGUACCUCCCACACAGAUUUUCUUUCAGAAAAGGUGUUACACUUAAAAUCUGAGCAACAUUUCUGGUAGAAAAGUUACGCACAUCUUUGUAAAACCAUAAGCUUCUUCCCUCCACUCAGAAUCUAAAAUACACAGUACAUAACAUACAAUUUUUUUUUUUACUAUUAAGUAGGUACGACUUAUAAUGAACUUGCUAUUUUGAAGCAUUUCUAUUUAGUCUGAAAAUUAUAUUCACAAAAUACCUAGGUAGGUUAGGUUAGGUUAGGUAUAAUAAUUAAGUGCCUACGUAAAAACUCAAAAAUUUAAAUGUCUAUAAAAUAAUGGCUCAAAUAUUUUGAAAAUUUCACCACGUCUGGAAAAGGCAAAGUAUAAUUUUUGUGUCAAAAUAUCAAGUUUAUGAAUAUUUUUAGCUGAAUUACAACAAUAAAACAAAAUUAAAAAUAGUAAAAGCAUUAUUUUCGUAAAUUUUCCCGAUCUUAGUUUUUUUCGGUUUUACUCAAUUAUUAAAGAAACUACAGAAAAAAAAUCGAUAAUCAACUGUCUUACUCACCAACUAGAUUAAAAACACAACAAAAAAUAUUUCUUGGUAUUUUUCUAGUGAAGAAAUAUUUCUGGUAGAAAAUAUCGUUUAUAAAAGUUUAAAAUAAUGAAAUUGUACGUCAUAAAUUUGUUCGUUUUUUAUUUUUCGUAUUUUUUUGGUUUUCAAAAAAUAUUUAAAAAACUACUUGUGAAAUCAAAGAAUAACACACUAGAUACAAUUUUCUUUCAAAAAAGCUACUAUACUUGAUACAUCGGAGUAAGAUUUUUGGUAGAAAAGAUAUUUGUACACAUCAGAAAAAAAAAAUCAUAUAGAAAACCAAAAACAAUGACUCAGAAUACUGAAAGAAAAAGAUACAAUUUAUGGUUUAGUGGUUACAUUUAAUUAUUUGAUUCGCUAUUGAAGUACUUGUAUAAGUCGUAUAUAUUAUAAAUAUAUGUAUUUUUUUCUUUUUUUUAAUUAUGAACAUCAUAUUAUUAACUUAUGCACUUAUCUAUCUGAAAUCCAAACAUUUCGAAUAUGUAUGUUUGGAAUAUAUUUCAAAAUAAUAAAAUUAAAAAUCUUAACACUACAUUUAAAAAUUGUAUUGUCAUUUUGUUUUAUUUUUAUAGAAUACUAAUUUAAACUUGAGCAAUACCUUUACAUUAUUAGCACGGUUUGAAACACCUAUAUCUUUAGGUGCCUUUAAAAUCCAAUGUUCAAUAUUUGGUUCACCUGUGAACUUUGAUGGUAAUUUUUUACUUGUUAAUAGUUUACAUUUGAUAGUUGGAAAUGUAGAACCAAAUGUAAUAAAACUUGGAGAAAGUGUUUCGGUAAGUACUUAUACAAUCACUAUAUCAAAAUGAUAUACACUAGUAAUUAAUAAUACAUAUUUAAAUCUAAAAUUUAAUAAAUAAUAUACUUUAUAAUACAUAUUUUUAUUUUCUAGUUCCGAUUGGAAAUAUUUAAUUUAACUGAACCUGUUCUUUUAUUGUGCUAUUUAACCGACGGGGAAGAUUAUAUAAUUUUACCUACAAAUUCUAUCAAUGGAAAUAAAUUAUCUACAUGGAUUACAUGUCCAGAGUACAAACUUAACAGAGCUGCUGAAUACAAAAUAACAGUAGUUUACUCAACGAGUGCAAUUGAUGCUAUGUUAAGGUAUUAUAUACCAUACAAAUACCUAAUAAUUUACUAGAUACAUAAAUAAUACGAGUAUGUAUUUAUUUAAAGUUAAUUUAUAUAAUAAUCAAAUUAUGAACAAUUACAUUAACAAUUCAUAUUGACUAAAAUAAGUACAUGUAAACUAGGGGUGGGUGAGUAGGCCGAUACAUAAAUUGAUAGUUGAUAUCGCCGGAAUUGGUGUUUUUUUUUAUUUCUAAUCUGUAGAUUAUAAAAAAUGUAUUAAUAAAUCGAGUUUUCAACCAAAAUAUCGGUUAACUUUUAUAUUAAUUCAUGGUUUUAAUUUCAAAUAUUGGUUUUAUAUCGAUAGCAUUAUAUAUCUGAAUAUCGGAUAUCGGUAAAAAGUGGUAUCGGCCUAUCCCUAAUAUAUACCUAUACAUCGGUUACAUGAAGCUGACACCGCAAAGUUCACAAAACUUAAAAAAACUUCUAACAAUCUCCGCUCUGUGAAUUGUUGGAAAGUUGUUGAAAAAGAUUUAAAAAGUUAAAAGUAUCUAACUUUGCAAUGUUUAAUGUCAAGUACAUACUAACAAGACACCUAGCUGUGAAGUUGUUAAAAAACUCAUACAACAAUCUUGACAUAGGUUUGUUAGAUAUUGUUAGAAGUUUUUUGAAAAAUAUUGCACAAAAUUAAAAUCUCUGUAAACUAAAAAAUAAUUUGUUGCUCUGAAGUUGGCACCGUAUUAUACACGACAAAUGAAACAAAAUUGAAAUCAUCCCACGAAAAAUCUCAAUUAACAAAUCCAAAAAAACUUGUUUGAGCCAUAUUGAACCGUUAUUUAAACAACGGAUAACUACUCCAACAACGUUUUUUUGAUAUUUUAAAGGCCUUUUUCCAUCCAACAUCACAAAUUUGACUAAUUUCAUGUACCGUUUUCAUAACUUAUUGAAAUUUUAAAGUGUAAAAAUUUGAUUUUUUUUUUUUUUUAUACUAAUACGUAUUAUAAGGACAUUUGUGAUACUAGGGGAAAAAAUGUGUUCAAAGUAUAAAAAAAGGUUGUUGGAGUGAAUUUUUUUGUUCAAACUUUUAAAUUAUUAUUAAAACAAGAUUUUUGGAUUUCUUACUUGACAUUUUCGAGAAAUAACUGCAAUAAUGUUUUAUUUAAUCGUAAUCGUGUCAACUUCUCAGAACCACAUUUUAAUGUACAGAGCUUUUAAUUUUGUCCAACAUUUUCCAGCAAUGUUCCACAAAUCUAUGUGCAUAUUGUUGGAUGAGUUUUUUUUAAGUUUAUAGCUAAGAGUGGUGUUGUACAUGUACUUGACACGAAAAAUUUAAUAGUUGAAUAACUGUUUUAUCUUUUCCAAUAAAUUCCACUAACUUUCUAACCAUGUAUAACAAGUCAGAAUAAAGAUUUUAAAAGGUUUAUUUUAAAUUUUGUGAACUUUGCGGUGCUAGCUCUACGUAUCUGUAUAUAUAUAUAUAAUUAUUUUAUAAAUAGUUCGAAUAAUUUCAAAGUGGUGACAGUUCAAGCUAACCGUCCAAAAUUAAUUUUAUCCGGAUUUACUAAAGAUUUAAGAACAAUUUGGUUUAAAUUUGAUCAAAAUAUAGAAGGACCAGAUUCGUGUAAUGACAUAUUUACAUCGAUUACAUUAUCUCAAAUUGGUUACGGUAUACUUAAAAUUAUUGAAAUUAUAUUAGUUAUAUUAAAAAAAUACUUGGAAAGGCUAAAGAAAAUUAAUUUAUCUUUAUAAAGAUGCUGUUUGUUGGUUCUCAUCAAAUUAUUUAACAGUACUCCUUGGAAAUGUAAAAACUGUUAAAGAUAACAAGUUUAUUAUUCAAUAUUCUUCAAACAAUAAUAUACGGACUUAUAGGUCGUGGUCUGAAUUAAGUCCAUCAAUGUUAAAUAAUGAAAUUAUUGUACCUAUAGUUUCUUCAGAGGUAAUUAAUACAAUUUUAAUGCAUGCUUAAAUUUUAAAUUGAUAUGUAUUUUGUACUUAUUUUUGAUUUUAAAAUUACAAACUAUCUCAUUAUUAAAAAAAAAAAAUUCUAAGCGAAGCCCGGGUUAUCGUUAGAUUAUUAAAAAUGUGGAGUUACAAAAUAAAUGACAAUUGUUCCUGUUUUUUUGUCAUAUCAAGUAUAAAUAUAUAAAAAAGACGGACAUACUUCCACACUACGUGGAUGCAGCCACUAUUGUAGGUGGGAAGUUGAGAAGGUAGGACACCUGUAAUGUACAUCUGUAAGUAACGAUAAACCAUUGAUAAUGAAAAAACGAUUCUGAGUGGAGUUCAGUUGAUAAUGUUGCUUUUUCAACAAUAUAUAUGUCAUAUUAUGGUAAAAUAAUUAAACAUUUACUGUGAUAAAGUUUAUUUAAUAUUGUACCUAUUUUCCCGUUCUUCGUUUUUCCUCCGUUUUUUUUUUCAGUUUUUCCAAUAUAUUGAUAAAACUCUCGAAAAACUUAAAAAUGACCUAUUUAAAGUACCUAACGUAACCUAUCCUGCCCCCCUCCCAAUGAGCGGUAUAUUUAAUUAUAUACAAGGUGUUAAAGAUAUACCCAUUUUAUGAUAUAAUGUUGUUUACAAAAUAGAUAUAUCUUCAUAGGACAUCAUAUAUAAUAUAUUUUUAUACUUGACGUUUUAGUGGAGUUGACACAUACAGUAAUAAAACAUUUUAGGGAAGUUUACCAUUAAUGUAAUAUAAUAUUUUAUUGUUUAUGGGAGGUUGACAUAGCCCACGCGUCUGAAAUAUAGGUAGUGAAUUUAGGACAUUUAGUAUAUAAUCUACAUAAAUUAAACUAAAAGUAAUGUUAAAUGAAACGAUUUUGUCUGUUAGGUUCCAUUGCCUGUAUAUUGGUUGUACGGACCUCGACAAUUUUGUAAUAUCGAUGAUGGAAUCAUACUUGGAACGCCGUCUUACGAUGAACCUAUAUAUGACUGCAGUAAUUUUCAAUUUAUUAGCGUAUCCACAAUUGGUUCGCUUAUACUCAAGUACAGUCCAAUUUUAAGCUUUAAUGAUUUAUCAAAUUCAGCGAUUACUGCAACUGCAGACGAAUCUUCAAAUCGAGCAUCUUUGAUUAGAGAUAGUGUUAGAAAUCUUGUAAUAAUGAUUAAUCGACAAAACUUCACCCCGAGUGUUUGUCUUAGCAGCGCACUGGUAACUGAUACAUAAUAAUAUUAUGUUCUAUCAUAUUUCAUUAAUUAAUUAUUCAUACAGAUGUUGCCGUAUGUAGAAUAUAUAUUAGAAGUAACAGGUACUAAUAUUUUGAAUCAAUCUGGCUUAAAGAAACAGUUGAAGUUUAAAUUAAUUGAAACCCAUGGUAUUAAGUCUCGACCGAAGAUACAAAUAGUAGCACGUCCAAUUGUUUCUAUUGGGUCUGAAGCUGUUUUUGAAACCAUAAUCUAUCCUACUUGUGGUGAACCGGUGGAAGAUUAUUAUAAUAACUUACAAGUAUUUUUUUUUUUUACCUAUUAUUAGUUUAAAAACAUUAUACAUUUUCGAUUUAUUUAUAUUGGAACACAUUAAACAAAGUUGGUAAUUCGUUUUAAAAUGGAAAUUCUGAACUUUAAGAAGUCCAUUUUAUUUCUUUGAAAAACACUUUUUUGGUGCUCUGAUUUGCUUACGCAUUACUUUAAAAGUUGCGAGUCGGUGGUAUUCGAUUUAAACUUUUUUUUGAAAUUCCCAAUAGUUAAAAUAUAAUGCAUAAUAAUGUUACUUAUUAUCAUAUAAUCGUAUCAAUAGUUCCCUUUGAAUGAUCCGAACUUAAUCUUAAUUUUUUUUUAACAUGUAUUUUUAAAAUACUAUUGCAUAUCAUUCGAAUACUAUUUUUGAGUAUUUUAUAUGAGUGUAUGUCCUUUUAAAGCAUUUAAAACCACUAAAAUAUGCAGAUAUGUGCAAUACACAAUUUAGGAUUUAGAUUCUUUACAUGAUAACCAUUAUUUAUGUUUGACUCUGCUGGUUUUUUUAAUAUUUCAAAAAUAAUAUACAAAUGCUAGGUGUCUCUAAUUCUAGUUAUAAAUUAAUAAAGAACAAAAAUAAAAUAAUUGAAUAUAAUACCUCUAUUUGUGAAUAUAGUAUAGUUGGUAUUUUGUAACUGAAUACAUGAAAUACAAUAUUGUUGGCGUAAAUGGUCCAGUAUUGAUAUUAGACACAAAUAGAUUACAUCAAAACAAAACCUAUACAGUUGGUUGUGAAUUAUACAACGAAAACUCUAUACUAGAAAAACAAACAACAGCAAUAUCAAAGGUAAAUACCGGUAGACAUAAUAUUAUAAUAUUUAUUUUAUACAUUGUUAUUAUCAGUAAAUAUAAAACAGAUCAAUUUUAUAUUUUUGUUAUAAAAUAACAAAACUGUAUGAAAUGCUUUAAAUAAAAAAAAUUAAAUAAAUGAUACUUAUAGGAUGAAAUUCAAUUUGAAAUUUUACCAUUUGACGCAAAAGCUGUUAUUGUGCCUAGCCAAAUUGUAGUUGCAUUUGGUAGAUCCAUUCAUUUAAAGGCAAGACAUCAGAAUUAUGUCACAUUGGGGGAUGUGCAAGUAUGUUGAAAUUAUUGCUAGUAAUUAAAAUUAAAUCAUACAUACAAGUAUGGACGCAACUAGACUAUUAACUUUGGGGGUGCUAAAAUUACAGACACAGAUCCAAGGGGGUAAUGUCCUUCAAACCCUUUUACAUGACACUUAUAUUAAGCAACUAUACAUUCUAUUUACAUUUUUUCAUAGAUCCCCUAGCAUCCCCUAUGGUACAAGUAGAUUAUACAAAAAUAAAAAUAAAUUUCGUAAUAAAUAUCGGAAUUUCGGAUAACGACGCAUCACUAGUGAUAAUAUUAUUAGUAAUUGCCUGGGUGGCGAGGUAGACUGUUGUACGAGUAAGAUUAGAUGCUAACAACUAUAUGAAAAACUAUGAAAAUUGAAAAAGAAGCAAAGAAUAUUAUUAUUAUUAUUUACGAUUACUUGCUAUCUAUAACUUAACACACUAUUUAAAUAUAAUUUUUUUAUUCGCUAUAUUUGCAUAUUAUAUAAGUAUUUUACAGUCACAUUUAUAGACUAUAAGUAAUAAGUAAUUUUGUAUUUGAUUUCUUUUUAUUCCAGUACAAAUGGUUUUGCAAAACGACUAAUGAUGCCGAUUGUUUAAUGAUUGGAAAUUAUCCGGAAUUAAAAGAAGCUAUGGAUGAUAAGUCAUCAUCGACAUCUUCAGAAUUAAUAAUUCACGAAUUGACAUUACAACCAGGAAGGUACAGUGUAAUUUUAACAUUUUUUGUGCGUGGAUUUCACAACAAUUUUUGGUGGGUUAAGUACACAUAUAAUACAUCAAACAUCUUGCAAAGUAAUCAAUUUUAUAACAACUAUAUCCUAUCAUUUAAAAGAUGACAAUCGCUCAGUUUACCUAAUAAGUAACAGUUAUAUUAACUAAUUAAAUAACGAAAAUGUUUAGAUUGGUUUUUAUUUUAAUUGUUGUUAUUGACAUAGGUACCAAUCAUCCAGCAUUAUAGUUGGGCUAAUUCGGUUAUUAUACUUAACAGAGUAAAGUACUAUUUAUUUUAGAUUCUGAGUGGAGCGAAUAUAUAAUUUAUACAUUAAAUUAUCUAUAACAUGGUUGCACCCGUCCUCAUUAUCCUAGGACGUCGUUUUCAUCUUUGAUUCCGAAUUCUGCGUGUAUUUAAUUAACAUUAGCUUAAAUUAUUCAAAUCACGAUAAAAAAUAAUAUGCGAAAGCUGUAAAUUAUUGUGUAUUAUUGUAAUCACGUACUUAUAUUAACAAAACCUAUCUUUUAGAUAUUACUUUGUGGUUCAAAUAUCAUUAUCUGGCAUUAAGAUUGACACAGCCGUGUCUGUUGUGGUAGUAUCUUUUGAACAUGGUCCACAUAUAAUGUUUUACUGGCCUGAUGGAAAUUUCAACCCAAGUACACCUUUACCGCCUGGGAGUAAAUUUAUAUUAGCGGCUACCGUCUCCUAUUUGACGUCAGAUUGUUUAAUUACUUGGACUACGUCAUCAGAUCUUGGCUACAGCUAUUUAUCAUCAAAAUAUCUGGUGAAAUAUUUAUAGUGUUCAUUGGAAUAUUUUCAAAUAUAAUUAAUAAUAUUAUGUUAUUAUUAUUAUUAUAUGUCAUUAUAAUUACUAGUUUAUGUAUAUAUUAAGGGAGGAAAAGAUAUAGUUAUUGGAGAAUUUACACCCGGGCGAAACGAAACAUCUUCGCGUGAUGUUCGUCUUGUAGUCACAUUACCAAAUAAAUCUGUACAAAAUACUAAUUUUUUACUGAAACUAAAUAUCUAUUGUGCAUCGUUAAAACAUUCUAUGUUUGGAUCUAUACCGGUUCCAAUAGUUGCUCCACCACACAUAUUCAAAUUAGAAGUAUGUAUAGUUUUUCUAAACUGUUUUAUUAGGUUUAAUGUAUACAUUAAUAAAAUAAUAAUUUGUAGGUAACACCAAAUGAAGGAAUUGGUCUUUUAACCAGGUUUAGAUUUUUUACCAAUACCGCAUACGAAACGAAAUCAAAUCAUCCCCUCCGAUAUAGUUUUGGAUUUUAUAUGCCAGUUUUGACGUCAACGCCAAUAUAUUUUUACUCGUCAACUCUCCGAUUACAGACAGAAACUAUUCUCCCUUCAGGUCAGUACAAAUAAAAACGUAAAAGUACGUAUACCUUACUGCCAUGUUUAUCAUACGUAUAUUAUAUAAUGUCAAAAUUAUGUAUUCAAUAAUAAUAUUUAUACAAUUAAUAGUUAACUCUGGUGUAUCAAAAAUAAAAACAGUUCUAAAAGUAUGCAAUACUUAUGAGAGUUGUAGUAUAAUUGAAGGUCCAGAAAUUUCUAUUCGUCAUCCAACGCAGCUUUUGGAUACAGAUGUAACGUACGUUUUCUUUUUAAUUUUCUAAAAUACAAGGUUGUUGAUAGUGCUGAAUUAAUAUAAUAUAGUUAAAGACCUACUUCAAUCAUUUUCACAGUACCUAUCUAAAUAUAGUUACUUAGUUGUCAAUACUAAUAACUUAUAUAGCGUAAUCUUAAGCUUAACGAUAUCUAUACAAUUAAAUAAUAUUUUAUACGUGAACAUAUUUGUAUAGGAGUUUUAUUCAAAAAUACAAACGUAUGUUAAUAAAACAAAUGUUAACUGAGUCAGAAGCAUAUAUAAUAGCUUUUAUGACAACAUUAAACAUCUUCAAAACUGAAGUUUAUGAAAAAACCACUCAUGAAAUACAUAAUGUUCUCUCAACAUAUAUUAAUAACAUUAUAGAAAGGUAUAGUAAUGCUUUCUGUAUAUAUUUCUAUAUGAAUAUUAAUCCUUUAGAGUUUUAAUUUUGAAAAUAUAUUAUAAUAAAUAGUGUAUCCUACGGGAAAGAAUACAUUCCAAUUGGUCUGGCACUUAUGGAUUCGAUUUCUCGAACUUUUUUUGUUUUACCGAAGUUAAAUAACAUAGUCAUUUCACAAUCAUUAGUAUUAUUACGAGACCAGAUAUACGAAAAAUUAAUAGGUAUAUAAAAUUAAAAUAAUCAAAAAUGGCGUGGACUUUCUUUAAUCGAAUUAUUAAAGAUAAAAUAUUAAUAUAUUUGUUUAGCUUACGAUAAUACACUAGCAUCGCCAAAUGCCAUAAAUAACAUUAGAUACAUAUUUAAGAAUGUUAAUUCUAAUAUACAGAAUAUUUACUCACAAACAAGGAUAAACAAAGAAGUUGUAUGAUCAUCUAUUUACUGUUACUUUAUAUUAAAUAUUAAUAUUAUAAUAAUUUUUUUCAAUUUAAAGGUGAAAUCAUUUUUAGAAGUAUCAGAAAUUCUAAUUUUAAAUCAAGAAGAUGGACCUUAUGGACUAAAUGAAAAAAAAAAAUUACUCAACAGUAUUGAAAAUUAUGCAAAACAUAUUUGUUUUACAUUAAGUGAAAAUGAAGAAUUAUAUAUUGGUAAGUCAAAAUAUAAAAAAUAAAUACAAUUCACAAUUGUUCGUACUAUUCUAAAAUCUGAAAAAAAAAUGUACACAUUUUAAAAUGAUAAAUACAUUGAAUUUUGAAAAAUUAUUGUUUGAUUUUCAUAAUAGGGUCAUUGGUUGGGAGUUUCAGUGUGCAACAAAUAAACAGCUUUAAUUCUAUAAAAGAAGCUUAUAAUAUACCUUCUUGCAAUUCAGAUUUCCACAGAAAGUGCAUUAAACAAAAAUCAAAAGUAAAUUGAUACAUAUUAUGAUAAUAAUAGUAUUUUUUUCAAAAAAUGUUAUUUAAAAAUAAAAAAAUAUACUUAAUAUUUCAAAUCCAAUAAAAGAAACAAUACUUUUUUUAAGUAUACAUUUUGUUUUUCUGAAAUUUAGAUCACGAUUAACAAAAAUUUGUUUAUAUCACAUAGAACAGAAUUUCCACUGUGCUUUUUGGGUUUUCAUUUGUAUGAUGAUUUUUUUACACAAGUGUAUGGUAAUAAUGGUCAAUUUCUGAAGAGGUAAGUUCAUUAUUAGUUAAACUUGCUAAAACAUUUCAAUGUAAAAUUAUACAAUAAGAUAUAUUGUAGAAAAAAAAAUGUAUAUACAAGGUGAUUGAGUGAUUCCCUAAGCGUGCUUUGAUAAAUAUUGGAAAUUUUAAGUGUAGUUGAAGACAAUAUUUUCAAAUAUUUAGAUUUUUCACUACAUUAUCCUAUGGUGAUACUAACUUUGGUUUUUCAAAUGAAAACCUAUGUUAAAAAUUCUAUAAACCGAUGAAGAAUUAGUUUAAAUAAAUUUUGGUGCUAAAAUUUUUGAUUUUGACCUCAAAUUGUUAAUGAGAUAUUCGGCUUUUAAGUUUAGGUAGGGGAGAUUAGUGAAGUAUCAUUUGUGUGGCAGUAUAGCGCGCGGCGUUUUAAUAGUACUGCACUACUCUGCCUCUACCUAAACUUAAAUAUCGAAUAGCUCGUUACCGGGUUGAGGUAAAUCAAAAAUGUUAGCACCAAAAUUUAUUUAAACUAAUUCUUCAUCUGUUUGUGAAAUUUUUAAUAUAGGUUUUCAUUUGAUAAACCAACGUUGGUAUUGCCACGCCACAGGAUACUUCUUUAAUGUUCUGAAAAACUAAGUAAAAGAAAAUAUCGUCUUUAAAUACACUUGGAAAUUCCAAAAAUCAAAAUUUGAAUAUAUGUAAAAUUUAACCAAAAUAAUGGGAAUAUUAUACUCGUAAUUGCAUACUAAAUCUUUCAAAUUUCAUUUGUAUUUAGACAUAGCGGACUGUAUGGAUUUCAUAUUAUGAAAAUGAAUAACGAAGGAAAAUCAAACUAUGAAAGUGUCGUAUCGAAUCCAUUAAAUUUAGUAAACAUUGUUGAAAUUCCAGUACAAUCGACAAUUAAUACUCAACUAGAAGUAUUGCAAAACAAUAAUUUAAUAAUUUAUUACCUUAUAAAAAUGUACAUUCUGAUUUUUAAAUUUUAGUGUAGAUAUUGGAAUGGCAUAGUUGGUUGGACUAAUGAAGGAUGUAAGUUUCUUGGAAUUGUCACUAAACUGUUUUAUAAAUUCGCCACUUGUGAAUGUCCAGCGUUUAAGUAUUAUGCGUAAGUUAUUUGGAAUUUUCUUAAAAUUAUUUUUAUAAUAAUCACAAUAAAUUAUACAUUUUUAGAAUAUUUUCAAAAGAUUUUGCAAAUAUUCCAUUGGAUAAUUCCGUAUCAGAUUCAAAACAUAAUAAGGUCAUUCAUAAUAAUAGUAAAGCACUAUUAUUAAGUAAUUCGUCUAUAGUUCAACGAUCUCUUUCUGAUAUAUAUAUUGCUUUCAAGUAAAAAAAUAUUGUACUAAAUAAUUACGUAUAUGUAGGGAUAGUAGUUUCUCAAGUGACAAGUCUGCACAUUAUUGAUUAUAAUAUGGUUGAAUCAAUUUUAACACAAUUUUGACAAUUACUUUAAACAGUUUUAUCCAUAUACAUAGAUACAUAUUCUAUGUUAACAGAAUAAAUGGAAAUCCAUCAGAUUUAUCUAACCAGAAUCUUAGAGAAUUGGAAAAUUCUUUAAGUCGACAAUUGGCCGACAAAGUAAAAUCUAUUUCUUCUGUUAUGAGAGAAUUAAAAAUUAUGAUGAGUGAGUUUUUUUUUUCUCUACAUGUUAAACCAUCUUAAAUUAUAUCUUAUAUGCCAUACAUUAAUAUAUUACAUCAUUUGGUCUCUGGGCAGAAUUUCGGCCAUGAGAUUUUUUGAGAAAAUCUAUAAUGCAUUAGAUAUAAAUAGUAAACUAUAGAUCGAUUUAACAUCUCCAGUAAUUAAAAUGAAUAUGUUUUAUAAUAAUAAGUAUUGCAAAAAGUACUUACAAAAGUUAUAAAUAUAUUUAUAUAUUUUAAAUAACUGUUGAUAAAAAAUUAAACAGUUUUUAACAUUGAAUGGAAAUUUAAUACAUUCAUGUAUGUAUUCAUGUUUAACGCAAUCACGUACGGUUUUUAAUUAAAAAUAUGAACAUACUCAUCUAUAGUUCAUAAUUUAGAUUUUGAACACAAUGAGGAAAGUAAUGUAUUAGAAUAUAAAUAAUAAUGAAACCGUUAAUGUCACACAUUUUCCCGCCUUUCCUACGUUUUCCCCAAUUAUUAAUACAAAUAAACGGAAAUCAAGGAUCAUCUUAAACACCAAUUAGACUAAAUUUACUUUUAAAAGAGAUAUACUGCACUUAAAAAUCGGAGUAAUAUAUUUUUUUGAAAAACGAAAUUUCCAAUUCGAAAAUAAUGAAACUUGUACUACUUUAAAUUUGUCAGUUUUUCGCAUUUUUUCCCAGUUAUUAUAGAAACUGCUUAGAAGAUGAUAUAUAUAUACCAACGAUAUAUAAUAAACUAUAAAAAAAAAAAAACGCUCGUUGUUGAUCAAUUAAUUUCCAUUCAGAUUCUAAAAUCAUAGAAAAUAAAGCGAAAUAUUGUUCAUGUGUUCUGUGUUUCACCAAAAACUGAACGCAUUUAUUAUUAAUACUGGAAAACAAUUAUAUCAUGUACUCAAACUAGUUCUAAAUAUUUAUAUUUUUGUAAUUUCGAUUACUUUAAUGAAGUCAUAUAAUGAAACGAUUUAACAAAAUUUAGGCGAUCCAAUAUACGUUACUUUACAUUUAAUGCAAACCGUAAAUUUUACAACGGACGAAUCUAUUCAAGACCUUGUUAAAAAAUUAAGUGAUGGAUCCUUAAUUUUAUAUGACUUGCAUAGAUAUCGGUUAUACGUACCCGAACAACCACUACGAAUAAUGCAACCACGAUAUCCAGGUAGUUAAUACAAUAAAUUAUAAUGCAUAAUAUUAUUUUUACACUACUAAUUAUACUAUACAGUUAACAAAAUUUGAAUAUAUAAUAUAUUAAUAUUAUUAAACUGAUACUAUUUGUGUUUAGAGUUUGACAAUACGGGAAAAAAUAUUGCUUUGUUCUUUGCAAUAAUUGUUGCCUUCCUUGCAUGUUUUGUGUUUGGCUCAAUAUUACUAAAACGACAUCAACUUCUCGCAGAUGUUUCAGACGUUCAAGUACAGUAAAUUAAAUAUAAUAUUAUGCUUUCUAAAACAAUGAACUACAUUACAUUAAAAAACAAUUGUAACCAACUCAAUAGAAUAUAUGACCAGUAUCUAUACUAGUCAUAGGUACCUAUUAUUCAAAUAAAAACAUUAAAUAAUUCAACAUAAAUUAUUAUUAACUAAUGCAUAAGUAUAGUCAUUAAUUUAAUUAAUUUUAAUAACUUAAAAAUGAAAAAAUCUGUUAUAAGUUGAAUUAACUACCAGAUAAAUAUAUAUAUGCAUAUAUAAAAUAUUAGUAUCUAUAAAGGUGCUGCUAGUGGAAAUUUAACUUUUCAAACUAAAAUAACAAUAUAAAUGUAAAAUAUAUUAUUGUAUUUUAGUAUGUUAUAUCGUCACAUUCACGCAAAAAGUUACUAAAUGAUUAGUGAUUGAAAAAUUGAUUUUUAGAUUCUAAGUAAAGCGAGGAAUGUAUUGGUUUUAUAAUGAUGUUUAUUUUUUUAUUUUUUUUUAUUUGUAAAUAACUUUUCUACCAGAAAUCUAACUUCGAAUUUCAAGACUAUAUUUUCUAAAAGGAAAUUUUAUCUGAAUAAUAUUUUAAAGAAGGAACUUGAAAUUUGGACAGAAAACUUACAAUUGCCUUUUCUAGACGUGGUAACAUUUUCGUAAUAUUUGUGCCAUUUUUGAGCUUAUAGACAUCUUCGGUUUUUUUUUUUUCAUAAUUUUUAUUCGUUAGGUAGGUACUCUCUUGAUAAAAGUGUUAGACCAAUUAGUAAUUCUUGAAAAAUUACCAGGAAAUGCAUUUUAAAUCGUAUUUAAAACAUAUUUUAUACAACAAAAUUUAUUUUAACUCCAAAUUAAAGUAUAUCUCAAGUUUAUCUAUGUUUAAAUAUUUGGUGCAACCCGAUAUUAAAGUAAGAAUCUAUAGUACCAAUAAAUUUCAUGAGUUAUGGUAUAUUUUAUCCUUAUAAUCUGAAAACAUUUAAAUAUUACCUGUAACCCUACAUACUAAAUGAGCCUAAUACCUAAUAUAUUAUACUCUACAAUAGCAACUUCCACCCUUGAAUAAUAGAGAAGUAAAAUCUUUUUCAACGCCUCCCCAACCACUUAAAAUAGAAAUAAAAAUAAUAUAUGUAAAAAGUUUAUUGUUGAAUAAUAAAUAUAAAAUGUAAUUAUAAUGUUUAAUUAUAAUGAUUAAACACAUUUUAAGUGAAUAAUUGACAUUUUUUGAAAUAUUCGCAAAUAAACCUUGGUGCGUUGCUUUUAGUUUUUACCUUUUAAUAUAAAUAAUGCUCAACACCACCCUAUUACCAUUACCUUGCUCACCAUAUCCCUAUCACUUUAAAUCACUCCCAUUGAGAACCACUGCUGUAUAAUGACAUCAAAUGGGCCUGUUUAUGAUUUUUAAUUUAUAUAAUAUUUAUAUUUUUCAGCAAAAUAUAACAGAAGAAGAUGAUCAUGUAAGAAGGCCAAAAUAUAAAAAAUUAGAAUCCACUGAAUUUAUCGAACAAAAUCCGAGCUCCGAACAAAGAUUUCGUCAUUUUAACAAUAGUAAAUUAAUGAGCAACAAAAUAUUUAUAGUAUACAUAUAUUAUGUUUAAAUUUGUUUUAUUUGUUCAAUUUAUUUAUUUAUUUAUAAUUUCAGAUGUAGAACUUUCUGACUCCGGUAUCACUUUGCAUUCGGAUAGAACACAAAUAAACUUAUUACAACAACUUCGUUAGAUUUAAUUUAUGAUAUGUUUGUAGUUCACGAGUAGGUACCUGAUAUUGUUAUUAUUAUAAUUUAUGAAUAAACGUAUCAUAAAGAAUUGUAUGAAUAUUAAAAUAUAUUACUAUAACAAUAUUAUCACUCUGUAUUACCACUCGUAAAAUGUCCAGUUCCUACAAUAACAGUAAAGAGAACGUUAUAAGUCUAGUACUUAAUAGGUUACAUAAAGAUAAUUUUAUUGAUAUUUUUUUUAAAAAAUUUAAAAUAUAUCAACUUAAAAAUAUUCAAGUUCACUUUCAAAUAAAUUCACAAAUUUUCCCGUAUCAUUAUCAGAAUAAGUAUUUUUUGUGCUAUUAUGAAAUUUGUUCAUUCAAAUUCGUGUUUUUUAUUUUUUUAUUUUAUAAGUAAAAUAAUCAUAAGUGACAUUAUUUAUAAUGAAUGUAUAAAUAAAUAAACGCCUUAAUAAACUCUGAUAAGUGAUAACCACUAUCGUUUAAUGUUCAUAUAUUUUUUUUUUUUUAAUUUUGUUGGUAUAUUCUUGUGGACCACUAUACAACAUCUUGUCUACAUCUAGGAUACACAACAUCUUGUCGACUACCCGUGAUAUAGGUUGGGAAACACAGUGCCUCAAAACAUUGAGGCCAGCUGAACGUCGUAUGGAGCUUUCGAAAGCUAAAAUACAUAUAAUAAUUGUAAAAUACCCAUAAUAAUAAUAAUAAUAUGUACUUAAAUAAUGUAUACAACAAUAUAAAAAACGAAAUUAUAAACUUUUAAAAUUUCUGUAAUUAUUUGUAAUAAUUUAAAUUCUUAGAAAUACC